UUACCAUUGCCUUUCUUUCUUUUUAUCUCAAUUGCUGUCGAAGCCAUGGAUCAGCUGCUUCAGUCCUGCCACAGCUCCCCCAGUCUGCCGCAAUUUAGCGAGAAUCAUUUGAAGAUGGUUCAGAAACUGUUGGAGUCAAACAAUCCGAGGAUGGAGCAACUAGCUACUGACUCAUUCGUUACGUUCUCGAAUAUAGAAGAAAGUAGUCCGUCGUACCAUCGCCAAUAUGAUUUCUUCAUCUCAAAGUUCUCCCAAAUGUGUCAUGCUACAUACGGCGAAGAUUCGCGAAAGAUCCGUAGUGCAGGAUUAAAGGGGCUCCGAGGAGUGGUAUGGAAAUCAGUGACAGACGACUUGCAUCCGAAUAUCUGGGAAAAACAGCAUAUGGACAAAAUUGUGCCGUCAAUUCUGUUCAAUCUCCAAGAGACAGACCAGUUGGAUGAAUCCAGCAAGUCGUCAACACUAUUUACCUCUUUUAAUGAUGAUCCAUAUCGUGAGGAAAGUCCCCGAGCGUUGUCGGAUCGAUGUUUACGUGAACUUAUGGGAAAGGCGUCCUUUGGUUCACUCCGUGCAGUGAUGGAACCGGUACUUAAACAUAUGGAUUUGCAUGCCCACUGGAAACCGCCGCCGCUGUUUGCUAUCCAUGUUUUUAAAGCGAUUAUCUACAGCAUUCAGAGCCAAAACAGUUAUUUUGUAAUCCAGGAGCUCAUUAAUCAUCUUGACUCAAUGAGUACAGCUGAUGCUGUUAUUCGCAUCGGAAUUGCUACUGUGCUGUCAAAUAUUGUAUCAAUCGCUGGAACAAGUAUAGGUCCUCUGCUGUUGUCCAUUUUCAACUCUCUUUUAAAACAUCUACGAACAUCUGUUGAUUUCGAGCGAUCUGAGAAAUGUAAAGAUUCCGAAGCCGAGAAAAUGUACCAGGAGGCACUAAUCAACGCUAUGGGCGACUUUGCAAAUGCGUUACCGGACUAUCAAAAGGUUGAAAUGAUGAUGUUCACUGUUGGAAACAUUCCAAAUUUGGGCGAGAAACGCGUUAAACAGGGUGACGAAUUCCUGCAGCACGUUCUUGUGAAGACACUCUUGAAGGUGGCGACGAAAUACCGUACCGCAUAUUUGGCUACGGUAUUCACAGAUUCAUUCCUUCACACUCUUAUCCAGCUGGCGUUGGUGAGUGAUCCUCAAGUGCGUUUAGGAACACAGCAAAUCUUCCAUACACUGCUUGAUAGACACGAUAAUUUGUCCCACCUGUCCCAUCUGGCUUAUGUUUUGGAUGUUUCUGAUGUGCAGCUGACGGUCGAGAAGUGUUCACGAGCCGACCAAAUGUUCAUGCGGAAACACAUUCAUGAUAUGUCACUGAUGCUUUACCGGUUCGUUUCAUCUGGAUAA